ACACACACACACACACACACACACACACACACACACACACACACCAGAUUCCUUCCUGUGUUUAUGUCAUGGGCUUGAUGACACAGUGAAUCCCAUGGAAGGAGGAUGUCUUUCUCCCUGUCUCUGUCAGAUCCCCUUGAUUAUUUACUAUCUGAUUUAUAGAAACACAAGCUAUAUGACUACUGUAUAUUGAAACAGAGAUCACAAUUUAGCAUUACACGCCACAAAGAACUCAGAUUAUAAAAUAAGUGCUGAAACUUUAGUCUGUUCACUGGUUCGUCAACCAACAAAACACGCCAGCUGAUCACUUGAGUCAUUUAUCAAGUAAAUUGUCAGUUGCUGGUUACAUUUUCCCAAAUGUGAGGAUUUGCUCAUUUUAUCUUUUUCAUAUUAGUACCAUAAAUUUCCUGUUUUGGAUUUAUAGAGUUUAUGGAGCAAUCAUUUAAAUAAUAAUCUACAGAGUAAUUGACAAUAAAAAUAACCACUAGUUGCAGCCCUAUGGAUAAAAUGAAACCAACACCCAUAGCCUAUAGCCAUAGGCCUAUGUGAAUGUGAAAUGAUAGUAUUAAUUGCUUUAUAUAAAGUUUAAACACUAUGUUAAAACUAGGCCUAGUAUAGGCUAGUUUUAACAUGCACGUUAACCUUGAAAUCAGGUUAACUUUUGAAUGUAGCCUAAAUAAAAGGUGAAAAUAACCUGCGUUCACCUUUCUAAAAAACAUUAGAAGUUUGACAGAGACAGGGUUUUGCAGGACUUGUUUCAGUUGCUACAUCCCGCAGGUGUAGGCCUAGCUACAUUGUUGGCAACUCAUUUCCGAAAUAUCAGCAUAACGAUUACUGUACGACCACCUCCGGGGGUAAAACAUCACAGAAGAAGGAAGGGAUGUUCACAUACAGGCAGUGGAGGUUUGACGGCAGCCCACCCCCUUAAACUGCAGCAGCUCUCUCUGUCCUCCAGAGGCGAUGCUGGAGUUUGGAGAGACGAGGGGAAGGUGCUGAGCGCAGCCACUGUGUCAUGCCGUGCACAGGCUUACAAUAGGGACAAAGUUUUGACAUUUGGCAUUAACCUUCUGUUUCUGUUUUCACCGCUCUCCGACAACAUGGAGUACUGGAGGCAGUGUGCGAUGUGGCUGAUCAGCUGCAAAGUGCUGCCCCCGAACCACCGGGUAACUGCGGACACGACGCAGGUGUUCGACCUGGCGCAAACCCUGCGGGACGGGGUGCUGCUGUGCCAGCUGCUGAACAACUUGAGACCUCACACUAUUAACCUGAAGGAGAUCAACCUCAGGCCACAGAUGUCACAGUUCCUGUGCUUAAAGAACAUCCGCACAUUCCUGACGUCUUGCUGUGAGGUGUUUGGGAUGAAGAAAAGUGACUUAUUUGAAGCCUUCGAUCUCUUUGAUGUUCGAGACUUUGGAAAGGUUAUGGACACUCUGUCCAAGCUCUCCUACACAGCAGUUGCACAGCAAAGAGGAUUCAAGCCAUUUCCAACAGAGGAGAGUCUACAAGACGAGGACAUUUACAAUAAUCUGGAAGACUUGAUUGAUGAGAAUGCCAUUGAGGAUGAGGACGACUUGUAUGCAGCGGUCUACGGGCUGGAAGAAGACUACGCAGGUGGAGAGAUCUAUGAAGACCUCAUGAGGACUGAGCAGCAACCCCCAUUGAAGCAGGCAGAGGUGGAUGUCCGUAGCUGCUGCCUCACAGAGAUCAAACAGACCGAGGAGAAAUACACAGAGACCCUGGAGUCUAUCGAGAAGUAUUUCCUGAAUCCUCUGAGGAAGUUUUUCUCUGCAGCUGAAAUUGACAAAGUUUUUGUCAACAUUCCAGACCUGGUUAAAGUUCACAAGAGCCUGAUGGUCGACGUGCAGGACUCCAUCUUAAACAAAAAUGCCUUAAAUCUCUACCAGAUUUUUAUCAGCUACAAAGAGAGACUGCUCAUAUAUGGGCUAUACUGCAGUCGGGUGGAGAUCGCCAUUGCUGUUUUAGAUCUCAUUUGCAAAGAGAAAGAGGAUGUUCGCCUAAAGCUGGAGGAGUGCUCAAAGAGAGCCAACAAUGGGAAGUUUACACUGAGGGACUUGCUGGUUGUCCCAAUGCAGAGAGUCCUCAAGUACCAUCUACUUCUACAGGAACUAGUCAAACACACUCCCGAUGCUGCUGACAAGAGCAACUUGAAGAUUGCUCUUGAUGCCAUGAAAGACCUGGCUCAGUUUGUCAACGAGGUGAAGAGAGAUAAUGAGACAAUAAGGGAGAUCGACCAAUACCAGAGGUCUAUUGAAAACCUGAAUCAGAAUCUAAUCAGCUAUGGUCGACCAAAAGGUGACGGUGAAGUGCGUAUGAUCUCCAGUGUUGACAAGAAGAAACAGGACAGACACAUCUUUCUAUUUGAUGUGGCUGUCAUUGUUUGUAAGAGAAGAGGAGACAACUAUGAGAUGAAGGACAUACUCGAUCUCAACUACUUCAAGAUCACAAACAACCCCACCACGGACAGAGAGGGUAAAAAGUGGUGCUACGGAUUCUAUGUGACUCACCAGCAGGGGCACACAGGCUUUGAAUUUUUCUUUAAGACCAGAGAGCUGAAGAAGAAGUGGCUGGAUCAGUUUGAAAUGGCCAUAUCAAAUAUUCGACCAGAGAAAGCCAACCACAACACCCACCAGUUCAAGUUGCACACAUUUGAAAGGAUCACUUCCUGUGCUUUCUGUCACCUCUUGCUCAGGGGCAUCUUUAACCAGGGUUAUCUCUGUCUUAAAUGUGGGCUGGGGGCUCAUAAGGAGUGUCUGGGUCGACUGGGAAUCUGUGGGAGAACAGAUUCUGCCAAGCCGAAGCCUAAGGAAAGCACAACACCACCAGACCCAGGUUUACCCAGGAUGGUUGUGAUCAGAGACUACAGUGGCAUCCCCUGUCCCCAGUGUGGGCCCCCCCUAAGCAUUCAUGCGGGUGAUGUCAUUGAACUGAUGUUUGCCGACCUGCACAGCUCUUGGUGGCAGGGGAAAAUACUGGCGACAAGCAAGAUUGGCUUCUUUCCAAGUGACGCUGUGAGGCCUUGCCCAUGUGUUCCAAAACCUGUCGAUUACUCUGCCCAACUCUGGUUUGCAGGGCCUAUGGAGAGACACCAGGCUGAGGUGGAGCUUCUGGACCGAGGAAGCAGCACCUAUCUGGUUCGACACAGGAGUAAAGAGUGCACUGAAUAUGCCAUUAGCAUAAAGUUCAACGAUAAAGUCAAGCACAUUAAGAUUCUGACCAAGGAUGGCUGCUUUUACAUCGCUGAGAGUCGCCUUUUCAAGACUGUACUGGACUUGGUGGAAUACUACAAGCAGCACUCUCUGAAGGAGGGUUUCAGCAGUCUUGACACCAUUCUGCAGGUCCCCUAUAGGGAACUGUCCAAUGGAAACAUGCCCAAUGCCAUUACCAAGGCUGGCAGUGUGUUUUCUCCCAGGGUGGUGGGCAUUGCAGUGGCACGCUAUGACUUCUGUUCCAGAGACACUAGGGAGCUCUCCCUGCUGCAGGGAGACAUUAUCAAGAUCUAUACCAAGAUGUCCAAUGGGUGGUGGAAAGGAGAGGUCGACGGCAAGAUGGGCUGGUUCCCCUCUACCUACGUGGAAGAGGAGGACUGAAUUUCCGGGAUGAAUGACAUCUAUUCGACGUUUGUUCAAAGCUGACCACCUCCAGCGAGCGCCAUGCUGCAGUCACUCUCUGUGCCCUGCAAGUAAGA